GGCUGCUCGAAACCAAAUACGCAAGGUACCUACAUCCAUCUUACCUCUCUGCUGCAUACAGGCAAUCCGUACCCGCACCGUACCUGUCACGAUUCACGUCCGAUUCUUCCUGCUACGUACAUACCCAGGCAUUGUUGGGGAGGUUGUCGGAGGAGAUCCGGCCAGUCGUUGGCGUCCCUUCCGCCUGGGGCAAUGGACUAUGUCUCCAUUCAAUGGGGGAAGACAGAUACUCAGCAACGCCCGCUCCAAGCUUGGCCACUCUCGCCGGCUAAGCGGUAUGAUCAAGAGGCUGUCUAUGAUGCGCCUCAAGAGUCACAGCGGCGAUGAAGAUUCCAAUGAGGCUGUCGAUAACGACGAUCAGUCGUCCAUCGAUAACCCGCUUAGCCCUACUGAAGCCGGCACUAGCAUGAGUAGCGACGUGAUGGAUCCCGAGGCCGACGCUGCUAAGAAUGCUGUGGUCGUAUCGUCGUCCGAGAGGCGGCCCCGACAGAAUGUUUCGGGCUUAUUGCUCCUCCCUCAGGAAUUGUUCGAUGCCAUCACGAGCCACCUGAGCCAUGCCCAAAUUAUCGUGUUAGCCCUUGUCAACAAGGAACUGAUGGCCCGUUUUAUGCGGUCCGCCGCCAUCCUCGAGCUGACACCGCCAGACGAGCCGUCGUCGUAUAAAGCAUUGAAUGCCUUCAUCAAGAAGGCGGACUCGUCCAAGACGAAGAUUCGCGGGUCGCUUCUGAGCUCCCUGGAUUACGAUUUACAAGAUCUCGUCUAUUGCUAUAAAUGCAAGAAGCUGCAUGAUCCCUUCGUCACCUUCAAAGAUCGUGCGUUUGCGCCGAACAAGGCUAUCCGGUGUAUGGACUGGGCACCGGAACAUCACAUGCCCCCGCGUGCGACCAGGAAGCUUCUUCGUUCCAUCACCAAACGCCGGAACCACGGUGCCGAAUACAGGCACUUGCUGCAGCAAGUCAACAACACCACCACCCUAUACCAAACCAGGAUCAUGGUGCAGGUUUCUCUGCGGGCGCGAUACCGCAAUGACGACCUGUUGAUGAGGCGGCAGCAGAUCGUCUCUUCGAUAGACAAGACCGCACUGGCGCUAUGGUUAUUUGGGAAGCAGGUGACGGAACCUUUCCCCGCUUCGUUAUCGUUACCCAAGGUGUAUAGGAUGUGCAAUCAUCUCUGCUGGGACUUCGUGUACGCGCCGCUACUAACACAGUGGAUCGACCCUCUAUGUCAAGCCGAUCACGGCGACGAAGUGAACCCUUUUCACACGCCUACUUGCUUCCGUACGGAUCCGCACGACGUCUCGAAGCAGGAGGGGCACAUGAUUGCCGAGAGGCUGCGGUGGCUGUCGUCCGGCGCCAAAUGGAACCCGAUGGACGUACCGACGCUGCUAGGAGAUGUCCUGGGUUGCGACAAGUGCACGACUGACUUCAGCCUCGACGUGACUCCGCUUCCCGAGCCGUUCGGGUGGGGCUUCGUGCUGACCUCGUGGCUGGACCUGGGCAACUGUGACUUCUGCCCCAAGUGGGACAGCCACAGGGAUGCGCGGCCGUCGCGGAACUAUGCCCGCAAGGAUGUCCACGGGGACAUAUGCAGACGAUUUGAGGACAUUGAGACGUCGAGGCUCGACCACCGGGUUCGCAUCAGCGAGCUCGACCACGCGCGGAUGAAAAACUACGGAUGGGCCGAACGUGCCGCUGAGGGCGCGGAUACGAACAUAACGUGGAGCUCCGGGCACUACUGCGACCCGGUCACAGGCAUGAUAAAGGAUCCGGAUCCGCUGGAAGACGCGGAUUGCUAACACCCCCUGGAGGAGGGGGGUGGGAGGAUGCGACGGCGGGAGAACAGCGAGAGGGGGACUUGUCAGUACCGACGAAUAAUGACCGCGACAGGCAGCAGAGCAACAGAGGGCGGCACCCCGGCGCGGAAACACGCACGGGCGCGCGACUCCUCGUACUAAGCUGUUCUAUCGGCGACAACAACACGUCUUCGCU